UUCAAACACACUCAUCAGAGUCUCGGGGUCGCUUCAGUUUCAUCUAUAACUUUCAGCUGCCAUAUAGAAGCUUAGUCAGACAGUGAGGACAGAGCAAGCGAUGGGGAAAGCAGAGAACGAAGCAAGUCCAUUACUACCGAAUAGAAGUAAUAAAAUAAGAAAUGGCUGGCUCUUCCUUGCUGCCUUUUCGGCUGUUUUGGGCAAUUUCAUUUUUGGUUACGCGAUGGUAUUUCCCUCUGCGGUGAUUCCACAGCUUCAGAAGGAGAAAGAUCCAAAUCUGCCCAUGGAUAUUCAUCAGAGUUCCUGGUUUGGGUCUGUUUUUGCGAUCGGAGCUAUAGUAGGAGGGUUGAGUGCCAUGGUUUUGAACGACAAAAUUGGAAGAAAACACAGCAUAAUGAUAUCUGUAAUUCCCUCCACGGCGGGGUUUCUCAUGAUUGCGGCCGGUCAUAGAGUGUGGCUGCUUCUCCUGGGCAGAAUUCUCACAGGCAUCGCUGGUGGCAUUACAGCCAGCUCCAUUCCUGUCUACGUGUCAGAGAUUUCACAUCCAGGUGUGAGAGGAGCCCUGGGAUCUUGUCCACAGAUAAUGGCUGUCUUUGGAAGUCUGGCACUCUAUCUUUUGGGUUUGGUUCUGCAGUGGCGGUGGUUGGCUGUAGCUGGGAUAGUUCCUGUUCUGAUUAUGCUAUUUCUCCUGUGCUUCAUGCCAAACUCCCCACGUUACCUCAUCUCUAACAACAAACGUGAUGAGGCCUCCAGAGCCCUCAAGUGGCUCAGAGGCUCUGAAUCAAACUACAUUUCUGAACUCAAUCAAAUUGAGCGCAGUGUCAAUUCACAGGUCGCAAUACAGAUGAGCGAUCUUAGGAGUCCCUUCAUGUACAAGCCGAUCUUGACCUCUGUGUUAAUGAGAUUCAUGCAGCAGAUGACGGGUAUUACUCCCAUCUUGGUUUAUCUUCAGCCUAUUUUUGAGAGAACAGCCGUUUCACUGGAGCCCAAGUUAGAAGCAGUAUGCGUAGGAGUUGUUAGACUGCUCUCUGUUGCAAUCGCAGCUGCUUUAAUGGACAAAGCUGGCAGAAAAGCUUUGCUUUACACAUCAGCUUUUAUAAUGUACCUGGCUACACUUUCAAUGGGCAUAUUCAACCACAAAACACCAUGUGAUACCGGAAACGUUACUGCCGUGAUCCCGUCUUUGGAAAAUGCUUAUGGAGCCAUGGCAGGUCCUGCGAUAAGCUCCAGCAUGCUUAUCCCCCUCAUCAGCGUCAUGUUUAUAAUAUUUGGUUAUGCAAUGGGCUGGGGUCCAAUCACAUGGCUGCUGAUGUCUGAGAUCUUGCCGACGGCAGCACGCGGCGUCGCUUCAGGCCUGUGUGUGGUGGUCAGCUGGGCCACCGCUUUUGUGCUGACACUAGUCUUCAUGCAUGCAGUGGACGCAUAUGGGCUUUUUGCACCGUUUCUGUUCUUCUGUGUAAUCUGUGUAUUGAACAUCAUAUUCACAGCCAAGUGUGUGCCUGAAACCAAAGGACGUUCACUGGAGGAAAUCGAGAAUUAUUUCAGAACUGGACGCACCUUCACUAUUGCUGAAAGCUGAAAGUCUUGACUACAUUCAGGGAAUCUCAGAAAGGGUCAUCAUCAUCAUAUAUAUCAUAUUGUAUAUCCGGUGUGCAGUGACUAAUAAACUUUGAGAAAAUUAAAAACAAAACAACAAAAAAAACAACACCUGCCUAAACAUUAACUGACUCCCAGUGGAGUCGUGUGUCCCAUGACCUAAAAUGACAUUUUAAAGAACUUAACCUAUCCAAAGGAUGACAUUUAGGCCAUGUAUCAUUGAAGUUCUAUGGGUGGAUGCUUACAAAGCUCACUGGAUAUUUUCAUGCCAGCUGCACUGUGAACAAACUCAAGGAACAUCACAAUAUAGUAGUAAAACUUUAAGCAAUAUCGUACAUCACAUAAUGAAACAGUUUGCAGAUAACAGUUCAUAGAAAACAUGUAGAAAUAUAAAUCAUAUUGUUAGAACUGACAGACAAGCGAAGUAGAAAUUGCAUUAUAAAAUUGUGUGUGCAUGAACCUAGUUUAACCUGAGACACAAUCAUCUCUUCACCAGUUGAGCAUACUGUACUGUAUGUGUAGAUUUUAAAUAUCUGUAAUUUGUGUGAGUUUUUAUUUCACCUAAUACUUGUGAUGUUUACUUUUUACGGUCUCCUUUCACUUUAAGACAUUACCGCAUUUCUCUUAAAUCAUAUAUGCAGAAAGGGAUAAUUUAUCAUCAGAUGCUUCAAAUACUUUCUACUUCUACACUUUAACGAGUUCUACUAAUCAGCAUUGUGAAGCUCUACUUUAGUGUACACUUAUUCCUUAAGAAAGUUUUAUUGUGACAACUAACUAAUGACAUAAAGAUAGUCUGUAUGGACGAGGUUAUUAUGCUAGUACGCUAGUAAACAUACCGUAAAACAGAUUAGGAAUAAACCGGUUUCUCCUACGUAAUAAAUAACGACAGUGUUUGAUGUGA